AUGGACGAGCUUCAUGGGUCUGCUGGGGACGAGGACGAGCUCCGUGGGUCUGAUGGGGACGAGGACGAGCUCCGUGGGUCUGAUGUGGACGUGGACAAGGUCCGUGGGUCUGACGUGGACAUGGACGAGCUUCAUGGGUCUGCUGGGGACGAGGACGAGCUCCGUGGGUCUGAUGGGGACGAGGACGAGCUCCGUGGGUCUGAUGUGGACGUGGACAAGGUCCGUGGGUCUGACGUGGACAUGGACGAGCUUCAUGGGUCUGCUGGGGACGAGGACGAGCUCCGUGGGUCUGAUGGGGACGAGGACGAGCUCCGUGGGUCUGAUGUGGACGUGGACAAGGUCCGUGGGUCUGACGUGGACAUGGACGAGCUUCAUGGGUCUGCUGGGGACGAGGACGAGCUCCGUGGGUCUGAUGGGGACGAGGACGAGCUCCGUGGGUCUGAUGUGGACGUGGACAAGGUCCGUGGGUCUGACGUGGACAUGGACGAGCUUCAUGGGUCUGCUGGGGACGAGGACGAGCUCCGUGGGUCUGAUGGGGACGAGGACGAGCUCCGUGGGUCUGAUGUGGACGUGGACAAGGUCCGUGGGUCUGACGUGGACAUGGACGAGCUUCAUGGGUCUGCUGGGGACGAGGACGAGCUCCGUGGGUCUGAUGGGGACGAGGACGAGCUCCGUGGGUCUGAUGUGGACGUGGACAAGGUCCGUGGGUCUGACGUGGACAUGGACGAGCUUCAUGGGUCUGCUGGGGACGAGGACGAGCUCCGUGGGUCUGAUGGGGACGAGGACGAGCUCCGUGGGUCUGAUGUGGACGUGGACAAGGUCCGUGGGUCUGACGUGGACAUGGACGAGCUUCAUGGGUCUGCUGGGGACGAGGACGAGCUCCGUGGGUCUGAUGGGGACGAGGACGAGCUCCGUGGGUCUGAUGUGGACGUGGACAAGGUCCGUGGGUCUGACGUGGACAUGGACGAGCUUCAUGGGUCUGCUGGGGACGAGGACGAGCUCCGUGGGUCUGAUGGGGACGAGGACGAGCUCCGUGGGUCUGAUGUGGACGUGGACAAGGUCCGUGGGUCUGACGUGGACAUGGACGAGCUUCAUGGGUCUGCUGGGGACGAGGACGAGCUCCGUGGGUCUGAUGGGGACGAGGACGAGCUCCGUGGGUCUGAUGUGGACGUGGACAAGGUCCGUGGGUCUGACGUGGACAUGGACGAGCUUCAUGGGUCUGCUGGGGACGAGGACGAGCUCCGUGGGUCUGAUGGGGACGAGGACGAGCUCCGUGGGUCUGAUGUGGACGUGGACAAGGUCCGUGGGUCUGACGUGGACAUGGACGAGCUUCAUGGGUCUGCUGGGGACGAGGACGAGCUCCGUGGGUCUGAUGGGGACGAGGACGAGCUCCGUGGGUCUGAUGUGGACGUGGACAAGGUCCGUGGGUCUGACGUGGACAUGGACGAGCUUCAUGGGUCUGCUGGGGACGAGGAUAAGGUCCGUGGGUCUGACGUGGACAUGGACGAGCUUCAUGGGUCUGCUGGCGAUGUGGACAAGGUCCGUGGAUCUGCUGGGGACGAGGUCCGUGGGUCUGCCAGGGACGUGGAUGAGCUCCGUGGCUCUGCCAUAGAUGUGGACAAGGUCCAUGGGUCUGUCAUGGAUGUGGACGAGCUCCGUGGGUCUGUCAUGGAUGUGGACGAGCUCUGUGGGUCUGUUGUGGGUGUGGACGAGCUCCAUGGGUCUGUCAUGGACAAGCUCCAUGGGUCUGCUGGGGAUGUGGACAAGGUCCGUGGGUCUGCUGGAGAUCAGGACAAGCUCCGUGGAUCUGACGUGGACGUGGACGAGCUCCAUGGGUCUGCCGGAGACAUGGACAAGGUCCGUGGGUCUGCUGUGGAUGUGGACAAGAAGCCAGCAGAAGUAAAGUGUGCAGCUACACAAGAGGCUGUAUUGAGUGAUAAGUCCAACGCAGACAAAUUGCAGCAGGAGAUUCCUCUCUCAGAGGCUUCUGAAGCAGCAAGAGAGCAGGGUUGUGGCAGCGACGUGAAGCCUCCAGCUGCGCUGCAGAGUGAGGAAGUGGCUUGUGAAGGUGACGAAGCGAGGCCAGGGACAGGGGCUGGCGCCGGUGACCGCGCUGCCAAGGGGAGCAGCGCCCCGGCAGAAGACGAGGAGUGCAGGAGCCAGGAGCCCUCCGUGUGGGACAGCGGCAUCCUGGAGCGCGAGGCCCCCGGAGCCGGCCUGGAAAUUCCACUUGAGGAUUUCAAGGAGCUUCCUCGGACUGUGCCUGGCCUGCUGGCCUAUAGAAAUCACUUGAUCAUGGAGCUGCUGUGGUUGGAACAAGCUAUUGUGAGCCGUAAAAACUACUUGAGGCUGAAAAAGAAGCUGGGUGCUGCUGACCUGUAGGAGAGCAUUCCAGGGGAUGCAGGGAAUUCGUAUGGAUGUGGAGAAGCAGCUGAGCUGGAGGACCAUGGGCAUCGCGGGACCUCAUGGGCAGCAGCAGCCUGGGAGAACUCCAGCUCCACAGGUUGAAGU